AUGAGACCGGGCAACAAUAUAGGAAUUUUGCACAUAAGUUUCUACUUGGUGGAUAGUCAACAUACCGACAGGAUUUGCAGCAAUGAGUUUCUCACCAACAGACUUAACGGCAUCGAUAAGAGCACCGGCCUGCUUGAUUACGAAUUCAUCGACCAUGGAUUGUACAUCCGGCAUGAUUCGUCGGGAAAGGGAAAAUCAAAACUCAGCGUCGAUAUUUUAGGGCAGCGUGCCGUAGAACAAGUUGAGAUACAUGCAAACCCACUUACAAAGGCUAAUAUUUGGAAUCUGAGAAGGGUCAUUUACAUGAUAUUGCGGCGUGUAUCUCUUGAUACUCAUUCUAUGGGCAACUGUGUUAAGCGGGUUGUGGGUCAAUGGUUUUCGGAGUUCGGUUCAUUUUUGGUCUUAAUCCUGAAUAUCCAGAUAGAACAGAUCAAAAACGAGAAUCAGAUUUAUUAA